AUGUCCGCAAUCAAAGAUCCGAAUACAGCUGUUCCCACGAACAGCGGCGAGCCGUCCAGAAAGCUCUCGGAAAGCCGUCCACCACGUCCGUCUGGUCCGCCAGGAAGCCGCUCCAGCCGUGGCGGCCGUGGAGGGCCGUUGCCGCCUCGCGCUAAGAACGCACCGCCGCAGCAGUCCGCUCCAGGCAACCACCGCCCGUCGCAGUCACAGGAGGAGGCCACAAAGCCAAAGUCCGGGGUCAUUGGCAUCGCCAAGGGCGAGCCUGUUGGUAGCAGCUCCUCCGGCCGGCGCCCUUCUCAGCCGAUUCGAGCACGUCGCAACUCGGAAUCAUCCAUUGCCCCCGAUGACAAGACGCUCUCCAGAGAAGAGAAGGUCCUCCGUGACCUACGCAAACGCGAUCAGGAACAGCGUGAGCGUGGUACGGGACGGCCUCACCGUCGAAACGACAUCAUCGACCAAAUGGAUGCCUCGAGCAUCUUUGGUAACGUUUUCCAUCAUGACGGCCCUUUUGAUGCGUUGAACCCCCACCGCAACCGGAAGGGCAGCCGCCGCGCUCCUAUGCAAGCUUUCCCCAAGGACUCGCUCAACAAUAGCAUUGGCGGCUCUGGCCCCAUCAACAAGCGGCCUGACCACCGGACCUUCAUGGGCCAGGGGGAGGAUGAGGCUUUCAGAGAGUUCUCCAACAACCACCAGCCUAUGUCAAGCGGCAAGAUUGCUCCCGUCGGCGUCUUUGAUCCCCUGCAGCGUGGCACUGCUCUCCACGGUGACCAGAGCCUCGGACUGGGAACCUCAACGUUCCUCGAGGGCACACCGGCGGCACGCACGACGAUUCAGCGCCGCGAGGCUGAGCGGGCUCAAGACAUCCAGGACAACCCACUGCAGCGGAAGAAGUCCCUUGCACAGCGCUUCCGGAGCAUCAACAGGGGUCCACGCGAGCCUCACCCGGCCCGCGCCUUUAGCUCCGACAGCGGGCCGGCCUCGGCUGGCGCGACGUCAGGCAGAUACAACAACGACACCGACCCCUUUGACGAAUUCGACCCUAAGCGGGGCGAGGAUGUCAUUACCGUCCGUAGGAAGAACUCUGCGGCGUUGCCAAGCCCAUCGAGCCCACCUCGUGGUCCGGGUCUUGAGCGCCGGUCCACCACGGACGGCACGACUGCCACAGGAUCGCCGGGUGGCGACAACGCGAACCCUACUACGACUGUUAUCUCUAGUGGAGCCGGUGACGAUUCUCAGCAAAAGCCGACAAGCCUUCUUGCUCGAGUAAAGAGCUUGAAGGGCGGUCGCCGGCCGGCACCUCCUCCACCUCCGAUUGCCAAAGACUCUUAG